AUGCGCGUCACCAUCACGGGCGGCGGGACGCGGCUGCACGUGGACCUCUACUACGCGUGCGUGCAGAGCCGCGCGCUCUUCACGGUGUGGAGCCUGCUGCAGCUGAUGCGGCGGUACCCCGGGCGCGUCCCCGACGUCGACCUCAUGUUCGACUGCAUGGACCGCCCCGCCGUCAACCGCACCGAGCACGACGACGGCGACCCUGCCUCCCCGCCGCCGCCGCCGCUCUUCCGCUACUGCACCACCAGGGAUCACUUCGACAUCCCCUUCCCUGAUUGGUCCUUCUGGGGCUGGCCGGAGACGAACAUCGAGCCAUGGAACAGGGAGUUCAAGAGCAUCAAGUCCGGCGCUCGGGCGACGAGAUGGGCGGACAGGGUGCCGACGGCGUACUGGAAGGGGAACCCGGACGUGGCGUCGCCGCUGCGGGUGGCGCUGCUGGGGUGCAACGACACGGCGCUCUGGCGCGCCGAGAUCAUGCGGCAGAACUGGUCCGACGAGGCCAAGUCCGGGUACCAGCACUCGAGGCUCUCGUCGCAGUGCACGCACCGGUACAAGAUCUACGCGGAAGGGUUCGCGUGGUCGGUCAGCCUCAAGUACAUCCUGUCGUGCGGCUCCAUGGCGCUGCUGAUCGAGCCGCGGUACCAGGACUUCUUCAGCCGGGGCCUGGAGCCCCGGCUGAACUACUGGCCGGUGACGAACGGGGCCGAUGAUUGUAGGGACACAAGUUCGUGCAAAAGCAUGUCCAGAUUUGAGGCCAGUUGCAAUUCCCUUGAAUUUUUUUGUUUCCCAAGCCCUCUGAACUUACUGGUUGUAUUGUGUAUCUUGGCGUCUGGUUUUCCCACUACGUCAUCUUAUAGCAAAGGAUUAUGA